UUUCUCUAUCCCCUUCAAAAUUCAGAACUCAGCUUGAGAGGGAGACAGAGCUCAGACUUCGAUCAUCAGUUUUAGGGUUCCUAAAGUUCGUAACCAGAUUCUUAAUUAUCGAAACCCUAAAUCUUCAUUUCAGGUCUCAAAGUGCUAUUCUUAUUCAGCUCUUUCUGUCAGCUAAGUUUCAUGCGUGAUCUUGACAUACAGACUCCUACUGCCUUUGAUCCGUUUGCUGAUGCAAAUGCUGAGGACUCUGGUGCUGGUGCCAAGGAGCACGUGCACAUUCGUAUCCAACAGCGGAAUGGCAGGAAAAGCCUGACUACUGUCCAAGGGUUGAAGAAAGAAUUCAGCUAUAACAAGAUUCUCAAGGACCUCAAGAAGGACUUUUGUUGCAAUGGAACUGUUGUCCAGGACCCGGAGUUAGGGCAGGUUAUUCAACUUCAAGGUGAUCAAAGGAAGAACGUCUCCACUUUUCUUGUUCAGGCUGGCAUUGUGAAGAAGGACAACAUCAAAAUCCAUGGUUUUUAAGUUUCAGCUCCCAAGCUUUUUUGGAAGUGUGGCCUCUCGUUUUACUAGCCGAUAAUUCUACCCACUAAUGAACUUAUUUAUGUCAUCUACCUUUUGUGUUAUAUUUAUCUCUAAGCUGGUUUGAUCUGAUGUAUUGAACCUGUGAUUCUUGUGUGUUAUACUCGUGGCCUAUAUGGUGUUGAAUUUCAAUGGAACUGAUAUUUUGUC